UCUCCAGACGCGCAGCGCAGGAUUUUGCGCACUGAAAUCAAGUCGAGCUGAAGAGAGCGCACGGCUGCCGGACUGACUGCAGUCCUGACACCCGGAUCGGGUCUCACUUGGCUUUACUUUACCGCGCACCACGUCAAUGUAUUAACAUUACUCGGGAGUAGGAGGAAACAUAGUCCUCGGUUUAUUUCGGUUUGGGCUCAAUUCGCAACUUAGAGGAGUCGUUGUUUGCAGAGAAAUCCAAGUGUCCCAGCUGCUAAAGCGAAACUCACUGAACAUCUUAACAGACGGAGACGUUUUAGAGGAUUUUAAGACUCUUUCCAGGCAAUAUUGAACAAGGAUGAUUGCAACCGCCUUACACAAUUAAGUGAGGUAUUGCAUUUCAGGAAAAAACGGUGAUCACAGCAAUGCUACAACGGCAUGUGCGUCUGCCCCUCUCCAAAUCUCCCAGUGAGGAUUUAAACGCCGCUCAUUUUGAAUAAGUCGAGAAGUCACCGAAGAUGAGAGCUCUGCAAACAUUCCUGUUUCUGUUCCUCCUGCACCAGGUCACAUGCAGGAAAAAGAACGGAGGAGCCACAGAGCUCAUCGAGUGGGCUGACAUUGACACCGAACAGAAGAUCUCUCCCACGGGUGCCAGUCCACGGAUCCUCAACCCCCUGCGCUUGUUUGCCAAGGGCUCCCCCGGGUUCAAGAGCAACAUGAGGGAAAUAACAUAUUUACAGAAUAUGGAGGACUUCUGGGACUGGUUAUCUAACCAGACAGAUGCUCAGGGGGCACAGGCCAGAACUAAACGCAGGCCCAUCGUCAAGACCGGAAAGUUCAAAAAGAUGUUCGGGUGGGGGGACUUCCACUCCAACAUCAAGACUGUCAAACUCAACCUGCUGAUCACGGGGAAGAUCGUGGACCACGGGAAUGGCACUUUUAGUGUUUACUUCCGCCACAACUCCACGGGCCUGGGGAACGUGUCGGUCAGCCUGGUGCCGCCUUCCAAGGUGGUGGAGUUCGAGAUCGCCCAGCAGUCCACGCUGGAGACCAAAGACACCAAAUCGUUCAACUGUCGCAUCGAGUACGAGAAGACGGACCGCAACAAGAAGACUGCACUGUGCAGCUUCGACCCGUCCAAGGUGUGCUAUCAGGAGCAGACGCAGAGCCACGUGUCCUGGCUGUGCUCCAAACCCUUCAAAGUCAUAUGCAUCUAUAUAGCCUUUUACAGUGUAGACUAUAAACUGGUGCAGAAGGUAUGCCCUGACUACAACUACCAUAGCGACCAACCUUACUCCUCCACAGGAUGAUCUGGCUGUUGGUAGUAGGCAUCAACCUUAAAGUUAUGUCAACGUCAACCUCUAAGCUCCCUGUCCCGAAACACCUAAAUACCUGAGACACGUUGUGGGAACUUAUAAUGGGGCACAUUCUGGAGGGAUUUGAUGCAUUGUUAAAAAAAUAAACUUUUGUAUAUAGAACUUGAGAUAGUUAGGUGUUCAGGGACUUGGUUUUAGGGGUUGACUUGGGAUUUAGAGCUAGCUACCAACCCUGGGUGACUCCUCCCCAUCACAACAGCACAUGUUCUCCGUAAACCGCUGGUGUAAUUAGCAUGUUGUCCAGAUGUUUUCUUCAAGGCUAGUCCAUAGGCAAGAGGGACUCCCAGUUGGAAGUGCAUAGCCAGCUUCAGUGCAUUGAUGCCAACAUUGAUUUCCUCACCUCACUGAAACCAUUAUGGGAUGAAAUAUGAUAAGGCUUUGAACCAGGUUAAUAAUUACCAAGACGUUUCAGUUCAACGCAGGAUAAAAUUAGAUAUUUCCCCUUUGAAACAUUAUUACGUUUUGAUUUGACAAAAUGAAGUGUUCAUUGCCUUCGAAAGUAGAGCUAAUAUCCAUUUGUACUUGUUAACGGGACACAGGCACGCAGUCUAUUCAGAUUAGCUUGAUCAAUUUUUCUCAAGUAGCUGUGAAAUAUGGCCUCACAAUCUAUAUUUUAUUUCUUGUCUUUCUAUAUAGGGACUGGAAUAGUCAAUUGAUUAUGUGCCCGUGACAAAAUAAAUUGAUCCAGUAAAUCUAAUCCCAACAGCAAGCAGAGAACAUAAUUGUAAAUCAUUACUCAUUCGUAUGUAGGUACCCAUCCGUGUAUAACCUGGCUGCUGCCUUUUGUGCUCCUUAUGUGUCGGUUUUCCGCUGCAACCAUCACAAGGCAUGUGUAUGCUAAAUUAGUCUGAAAUCCAACAUCUGUGUUUGCAGGAUGCACUUUGAGGCAUCAGCCUGCCGAGAGAGCCCCGCAGUGGAUUAAUGUGUCAGGAGAGGAGGGGGAGAGGCGAUAAUUGCAGGACAGGUGGAUUUAGUGAGUCUGGCAGACAAUUAUCAGCACUUUGUCAUGGUCCUGCCACCAGCCCUGACAUUACCUGUCUUUAAUAGGCUUUAAUUAGCCUGGGAAAUUUCAUUUACCUAAGACUAAGAGUGGAGAAGCCAAAAAAAAAAAGGCGAAAAGUACAAAAUCCGUCUGGAAUUUUAAUGAGAAGUGGGACUUACAUGUGAAAAUGUCAUACAUUUCCCAACUGUACAGCAGGCUUAAGUUGACUGACUUUUGUGUAAAAGUGGAUCACAUCCAGUCUUGUAGUAAAUGGUGAAAUGUGCUUUGAAUUUGCAAUCACUUAAACCAUUUUGAAAAAGGUUCUGUUGAAAACCACCAACCCAUGAAAUGUCAAAAAUUGUGUUUAUUGCGUAUAUCAAGGGUUUUUAGACUAGGGCAUGUGCCACUGACUAAUCACAUGACAAUUAUUUCUGUCAAUGUUACUUUUAUUUUCUGUAUCUCACCUUUUCCCCCCCAUCAUCUGUAAAUUAUCCUGUCACAUUUUACAGGAGGAGUAUGAUAUGAUUAGGAAAUAAUUAAAUCCAAGAUGGUGUAUGUUGGUGUUUUAGUUCUACUCCUUUGUGCAAAUGCUGUGUAUUAACGUGCAACUAAAAUAAUGGUGUUUACUAAUGGAGUAAACAAUGUCAAUUAAUUAUAAUUUUUCAAGAGAAAUAUAUCAAUAAGUAUACUGUUCAUAUUUUUGGUGUUUGCUAAGCGAUAUUAUGUAGAUAGAUGUCAUUCAUAGAUUAUAGGUAGGGUAUAGAUUGCUUUGAUAUCCUUUUCUGUAAUUCUUGCAGAUUGUAUUUUCAUUUCCUGCUUGCUUAACCUUGUUUUAACCGUGUACCCUGUAAAAUAGAAGAAAAAAAAGAGCACUGCUGUGUGUAUAGUGUAAGUACAAAUGUUCAUUUUCUGGAAUAUUUGAUUUCAUAGGGGGUUGAUUUUUUGUUCAAAUGGAAUUGUAAAGAACAAUUUUGGUUUUUAUGGCAUUAAAACCUUAUUUGAACUUGG